UCUCUCAAGACGCAGGAGGACUGUCACGUUAGUUGUCUUGAGGGCAGUUUUGAAACUACCUACCACAGUUAAUGCGGAGUGUCUCCGUCGUUAACUCUCAGAGCAUGAAAGCGUUAAGAUUUGGGCUAACCAUUGUUCGACAUGGGGAAACUCCGUACAAUAAACAAGGCCUGCUACAAGGCCAGGCUAUAGAUUCACCCUUGUCUGAGAUCGGGCUGCAGCAGGCCGAGGCUGCGGGCCGUUACCUGAAAGAUGUCAAGUUCAGCAACGUGUUUGUCAGUGAUAUGCUGCGGGCCCAGCAGACCGCUGAAGCAAUAAUGAAACACAACAGCAGUUGUUCGGGCCUACAGAUGGUGUCUGACCCUUUACUUAAAGAGAAAAGCUUUGGGAUAGCAGAGGGGGGGCGAGUGCAGGACUUAAAAGAGAUGGCCAAAGCAGCCGGUCAGUCGUUUCCAGGCUUCACCCCUCCAAACGGAGAGACUCAGGACCAGGUGAAGGAACGGGCCAAAGAGUUUUUGGAGAAAAUGCUUCAGAAAAUUGGGGCCGAACACUGGCACAACAGAGGGGAGGAUGAAACCUCCCUAUCUGCUCCCCAAGAAACAUCUCCUCCGGAGGGAAAGGCUGACGAUGGCGUCAGGGGCUUCCCCGUCCAUGCUUUGGUUGUCACCCACGGGGCCUACAUAUGCGUGGCAGUCCGCUACUUUGUGGAAGAGUUAGAUUGCUCCUUGGCUCCGAGUUCUGAUAAAGCACAUAUGUUCUCUUUAAGUCCCAACACAGGUCUGUGUCGGUUUGUACUAACCAUUAGAAAAGAGGACGGCAGGUUCAAAUUGUCAGAGAUCCGCUGUGUGUUCGCCCACAGAGGGGACCAUGUUAACUAGGAGCUGGAUGAACGCAGAUUUUUAAGGAAUGUAUAGAAGAUAACUAAAAGAGAAAGGAAAGGAAAUGUGAAAAAGCUCCAGCGACUGAACACUGUUUACAAUUUAAAUAAUUUUCUGUAUUUAGGUUCUGUAUUUAUUUUUAUUUGGUGCCUCGUAACCUCAGUAUUGUUAAUACGGAAAUUGAUGAAUGAACAAAGUUUAACCUAGUUGUUUAGUAUAAGCAUGUUCUGACAAUGAAAUGAUCAAAUAACCUAAUUCAAGUAUUUAAUUUAAUUUACCAGUGGCAGUGUCUAAAAAACCAUUAUAAAAUGCUUAAAUUAAUUCAGUUUACACCAAAAUAUGGAUUAAACAAUACAUAUAAUGUAUCCCCAUUCAUUUAUACUGCGACCUUUAAGAUAUGUGUAAUAUUAAGUAUUUAAGUACUGUUUCAUGAGUUGAGUGCCUUCGUUUAAAGUCAGAUUGACAGUUUGUGUUGCAGGGGAAUGUCAUCAUCACUUUGUUACUGUCUGGCUGUUCAUUACUGUAAAUGUGGGCAGCUUUGUGCUCUAAUGAGUGUGUGUUUCUAUUUUUACUCUCCGGAACUUCAUAGAUUUUACGUAUGAAUACAGAGCAGAACUGCGACAGUGUUGACUUUUUGGAAAUCAGUGACUUUUUCAUUGUUGUGAAUUAACACUUCGGUCAACAAGGACAAAGGCAUUGCAUGCCACAUGUUGUACUGUAGCAUGUAUGCACGGUUUCUCUGCUUAUCACUCCACUCUGAGUGUAAAACUAAAAUAUUUAUAGUAGAUAAACAUUACUACUUCUAUAACACAAUCAAGAGAAUAACUGGAUUGUAUUAAAAAAAUUUUUUUUAAAUAUUAUAACGGAGGAAUGCUGUCAGACUUGUGCAGUUUAGUAUAUUUCUUGAAUAAGAUAAUAUAGCUGUUACCUGUUUCUGUAUCAUAGUGCUAUGUGUGGAAACUUGCCAAAAACAAUAAAAGAUAUAUUUUUCUGUUAAACUCCUUAAAUAAAACCCACAUUUAGUCCACGCAGGGUCUCAUCUGUUCACCUCCACGUGAUAUAUAGCUUCGAUUUUACAUAUAAAGGCCCUAGAAUGUUUUUAUAACAGCUUGCAUGCUCCUUCAUUUACAUGGUUGUUUGAUAUGCAUUACCUCAGUUGGGAAUUGUUUGUCCAGGUCUAAUAUUUGCCAUUACAUAACCAAUUGGCUGUGUGCAUAAUAACCAUGUGAUUUUUGUGGCCUUUCAAAUGGUUGGUAGGCAAAAGAUGUUGUUUUUAGUACCUGGUACAUUACAUCUCUCCUUGUUUUAUACAAGGUUAAUGUUCUUUGUCCAUUAUCCCUGUUCAAAUAAAGAAAUUCAGUCCCGUUC